GACACAUUUUGUUGUUGCACACAGCACAAAGCGAAACCACUGUUUACAAACACAAAGUUAGUGACAGCGACUAAACUUACUCACAGCAGAGCUUCUCUGUUUACCGUUUUCUCGACAGAAGAACACUGAGUAUGUGUAAAUGUGUUAAGCCUGUGACCUUAUAAGAGAGGUCAUAAGAGACGGUCAGGAUGGCGGAAGAGGCUGGAAAGCUUCCACUUCGGCGCCUGGAGCCCCCCAUUCAGAAAUUCAUUAAAGUGGCCAUUCCCACUGAUCUGGAGAGACUGCACCAGCACCAACACAACAUAGAAAAGUUUCAGAGAAACAGUCAGUGGGACAAACUUCACCAAGAGCACAUCAACUCCAGCCGCACUGUCCAGCAAUUGCGAUCGAACCUGCGGGAGAUGGAGAAGUUGUGUGGGCGGGUCCGCAGCGCUGAUGCCGAAGCUCUGGAGAAACUUGUUGAGCCAAUCAGAGAUCGAGCCUCCACUGCCAUUCAAGAGUUCCUCCGGAUUCACUCGGACGCUGUCAAUCGGCCGGAUGUUUCUGUUAUCGGCAAAAAGUCUCACGAAAUCAGCACUGCCUCCGAUACAUUGCACAGUCACGGUGAUACAGGUGUGCCCGGUUCCCCUGUCACUCAAACACAGCUGCUCCUGCCUGAAAUCCCUCCAGAACAGAACGCCGCUGAGUCCUGGGACUGUUUAGCUGAGGACCUACUGGAGCUGAAUGGUUUAGUAAAUGAGUUCUCCACUCUUGUUCAUGCUCAGCAGGAGAAGAUUGACAGCAUUGAAGCCAAUGUUAGCCUAGCAGCCGCUAAUGUGGAGGAGGGGACCCAGAGCCUAGGGAAGGCGGCCCGUUCGAAGCUGGCGGUUUUGCCCGUGGCGGGUGCGGUGGUUGGGGGAGUGCUAGGGGGACCGCUGGGACUCUUAGCGGGAUUUAAAGUGGCGGGGGUCGCUGCUGCCGUGGGGGGUGGCCUGAUUGGUUUCGCCGGGGGCAACUUGAUCCAGCGGAAGAGGAAAGAAAGAAUCGACCUGCAGCUACAAGAGCUUCAGAGCAACAACAACAAGAUUUGGACCGGGAAGUGUGCUGAACUCACAACCUGAGUAAAGUGCCUGUCAUAAUGGGGAACUUUAAUCAGCCGGAAAGUGGACAACACUGAUUUUGAGGAAAAUGUCAUCUACAUCAUGUACAGGCCCAACUGAAUCUGAUUAAGUAACACCGCAUAAGAUGUUAUGUGCAAUCUGUAAUUUGUUACAUGGAAUUGCAGUGGAACAUGAAAUUACAAGCAUUGAUACUAAUAGAAAGUGCAGUUUUACUACACUUGGGGUCAGUAUUUUUUUUUUUUAAUAAUAAGUUUAUUUAUAUAGCACUUUUGUAAAGCUCAAGGGUGCCUAAAUUCAUGCCUCUAUUUCAGCAAGGAUGCAUUAAAUUGAUCAAAAGUGACAGUAAAGUCCUUUACAUUGUUACAGUAUUUUCUAUAGAAGCAGCUUUCUCACAAAUAAGUUUAUAUCUUGAUCAUGAUAUAAACUCACAAUUGCAAGUUAUAAACUCAGAAUUGCGUGAUAUAAACUCAGUUGUGAGUUAUAAAGUCAGAAUUGCGAUAUAUUAACUCAUAGUUCUGAUUUUUCUCAGAAUUGAGUGAAAUAAAUUCACAAUUGUGAGUUAUAAAGUCAGAAUUGCAAGAUUUAAAAAUCAUAAUUCUCACUUUUUUCUUGCAAAUACUAGUUUAUAUCUUACAAUUAUGACUUUUCCCCUAAGAAUCCCCUGAGAUAUAAACUCGCAAUUCUCCAUAUUUUCUCUCUCAGAAUUGCGUGAUAUUAACUCACAAUUGUGAGUUAUAAAGUCAGUUCAGAUUUUUUUCUAAGAAUUGCAAUAUAAAUUCACAACUGUGAGUUAUAAAGUUAGAACUGUGUGAUAUAAACUCACAAUUGCAAGUUAUAAAGUCAGAAUUGUGAGAUAUAAACUCAAAAUUCGGACUCUCUCAAAAUUGUGUGAUACAAGAUAUAAAGCCAAUUUCGACUAGUUUUUAUGUCUCAAAAUUCUGACUUUUUUUCUCAGAAUUCCAAUAUAUAAACUCACAAUUGCGAGUUAGAAAGUCAAAAUUGAAUACAAACUCGCAAUUCUGAGAGAAAUAAAAAAUAAAUAAAUGAAUAAAUAAAAAUCACAGCUGUGAGAUAUAAACUGGCAUUUCGGAGGAAAAAAAAGGUCAAAAUUGUGAGUUUAUAUCAUGUAAUUCUGAUUAAUUUCUGACUUUAUCUUUCAGAAUUGCAACUUUAUUUCACAGAGUUGCGAGUUUGUCUUGAGUUUAUAUCUGAGUGUUUAUAUCACGCAAUUCUGAGAAAAGUCAGAAUGGCAAGUUUAUAUGAUGCAAUUCUGACUCAAUUUCUCAGAACUGCAAGUUAAAAUGUCAGAAUUGCGAGAUGUUAAAAAUGUCAAAAAAAGUUGAGGAAAACUCGCAAUUACCUUUUUUUUAUAUAUAUUUUUAUUCAGUGGCAGAAAUGGGCUUCCAUACUAUUUCACAUAAAGAUUAUUUUCUAAUUUCUAUUUAUUAAAGAAUCUUUAAAAAAAAAUAUGUAUGCUUUUCAACACUGAUAAUAGGAAGAAAUGUUUCUUGAGCACCAAAUCAGCAUAUUAGAAUGAUUUCUGAAGGAUCAUGUGACACUGUAGACUGAAGUAAUGGUCGCUAAAAAAAAAAAAAAAUCAGCUUUGCAUUUUGCAGCUUUGCAUAAACUGCAUUUUGGAAGUUCAAAAUCUGGGCACCAUAUCAGUCCAUUACAUGGAGAAAAAUGCUGAAAUGUUUUCCUCAAAAAACACAAUUUCUUUACGACUGAAGAAAGAAAGACAUGAACAUCUUGGAUGACAAGGGGGUGAGUACAUUAUAUGUGAAUCUUUGUUUUGGAAGUGGACUUCUCCUUUAAGUGUUCAUUAAUAUAUGGCCGGCAGGUGAAAAGGAUUUUAAAAAAGCUUAAAAUAUUGUGUAUGGAAAGGAAUUUAAACAGAAUUGAUACUGAAUUAAAAAACAAACAACAACAACAAAAAAAAGACUUUAAAUAAAUAUAUAUCUGGGGGAAGAGGUUUUGUUAGAAAAUUUCUAUAAAGGCACACAAUUAUUAUAGUGUCCCUGAUCAAUCACUACCGCCACGACUAAGAUUCCUUCCCAAUAUCUGGUACAAUCUGAAAACGCAUUUUAAAAAAAACGAUGGCAGGUCCAACUCAUAUCAUUCUUCUAAAUAAAAUGCAAUUCCAUUCAAAAGCUGUGGUGAACUCUGACC